GCUUCACUCCGUUACAUGUCGCAGCAAAGUACGGGAAGAUCGAGGUCGCCAACCUGCUGCUGCAGAAAAACGCUCCGCCCGAUGCAGCUGGGAAGAGUGGACUAACUCCACUGCAUGUGGCAGCGCACUAUGAUAACCAGAAGGUGGCGCUGCUCCUGCUCAACCAGGGAGCCUCGCCGCACGCUGCUGCGAAGAACGGUUACACGCCGCUCCACAUUGCGGCUAAGAAGAACCAGAUGGAGAUAACCACCACGUUGCUGGAGUACGGCGCCUCCACCAACACGGUGACGCGGCAGGGGAUCACUCCUCUGCACCUCGCUGCGCAGGAAGGACACGUGGACAUCGUGACGCUGCUGCUGGCUCGAGACGCUCCGAUUAACAUGGGCAAUAAGUCUGGUCUGACUCCGCUCCACAUGGCUGCUCAGGAGGAUAAAGUCAACGUUGCUGAGGUCUUAGCCAACCAGGGAGCAACUAUUGACCCUGAGACCAAGCUGGGAUACACUCCUCUUCAUGUGGCCUGUCACUAUGGCAACGUGAAGAUGGUCAACUUCCUGCUGAAAAAUCAGGCGAAGGUCAACGCCAAGACCAAGAACGGCUACUCCCCGCUCCAUCAGGCCGCACAGCAGGGACACACACACAUCAUCAACUUACUGCUGCAUCACGGAGCGUCGCCCAACGAACUAACCACUAAUGGAAACAGUGCUCUGUCCAUCGCCCGGAGGCUCGGCUACAUCUCUGUGGUUGACACACUGAAAGUCGUCACGGAGGAAACUCUGACCACUCAGACUGUGACAGAGAAGCACAGGAUGAACGUUCCAGAGACCAUGAACGAGGUGCUGGACAUGUCGGACGACGAAGUCCGUAAAGCCAAUGUCCCCGAAAUGAUCACAGAGGACUAUUUAUCUGAUGUGGAAGAAGAAAUGGAUGUUGGAAAUAUCUGCAUCAGCUAUUCCUGUGACGAUGCCAUGACGGGGGACACAGAUAAAUAUCUGGCCCCCCAGGACCUGCGGGAGCUGGGGGACGACUCGCUCCCUCAGGAGGGAUACAUGGGCUUCAGCGUCGGUGCGCGGUCACAGAGCCUGCGUUCCUUCAGUUCUGAUAGGUCCAACACGCUGAACCGCAGCUCGUUCACCCGGGACAGCAUGAUGAUCGAGGAGAUGCUGGCGCCCAAUAAGGAGAUGAUGCUCCGUAAGGAAAAGUCUUUCAUUCUAGAGCAGCACAAUAAGCAUUUGGCGGUGGCCAAGGACUUUGACAGCGACUCUCUGAGGAGGUACAGCUGGACGACAGAUGCUCUGGAUAACGUCAACCUUGUCUCCUCGCCGAUACACUCUGGUUUUUCCUCUCCGCUCCCGCAGUACGACAGCAGGUUCUUGGUCAGCUUCAUGGUCGACGCCAGGGGCGGCUCCAUGAGGGGAAGUCGUCACAACGGCAUGCGCAUCAUCAUCCCGCCGAGAAAGUGCACGGCGCCCACCAGGAUCACGUGUCGACUGGUGAAGAGGCACAAACUUGCAUCGCCUCCUCCGAUGGUGGAAGGAGAAGGCCUGGCCAGCCGACUGGUCGAGGUCGGUCCGGCAGGAGCUCAGUUCCUCGGGCCAGUGAUAGUGGAGAUCCCUCAUUUUGGCUCGAUGCGGGGCCAGGAGAGAGAGCUGAUCCUGCUGCGGAGUGAGAACGGAGAAACCUGGAAGGAGCAUCUGUACGACUGUAAGAGUGAUGACCUCAAUCAGCUCCUGAAUGGAAUGGAUGAAGAACUGGAAAGUGCUGAGGAGCUGGAGAGGAAGAGGAUAUGCCGCAUCAUCACUAAGGACUUCCCACAGUACUUUGCUGUGGUGUCUCGGAUAAGACAGGAGACCAAUCACAUGGGACCAGAGGGCGGGACGCUGUAUAGCCGGAGCGUCCCAUUGGUUCAGGCCUCCUUUCCUGAGGGGGCGCUAACCAAGAAGAUCAAGGUUGGACUGCAGGCCCAACCAGUACCCGAUGAUACUGUUAAGAAAAUCCUUGGUAACCGAGCAACCUUCAGUCCUAUCGUUACCGUGGAGCCCAGGAGACGGAAGUUCCACAAACCCAUCACCAUGACAAUCCCAGUCCCGCCCCUCUCAGGGGAGGGGCUUACCAACGGCUACAAAGGAGACUGCACCCCCUGCCUUCGCCUUCUCUGCAGCAUUACAGGUGGAACGUCCCCGGCACAGUGGGAAGACAUCACCGGCACAACUCCUCUUACCUUCAUCAGUGACUGCGUCUCCUUCACCACCAAUGUUUCUGCAAGGUUCUGGUUGGCUGACUGUCACCAGAUCCCAGAGACGGUGGGUUUGGCCAUGCAGCUGUACAGAGAACUGAUCUGCGUGCCCUACAUGGCCAAGUUCGUAGUGUUUGCUAAGACGAAUGACCCGGUGGAGUCCAGACUGAGGUGCUUCUGUAUGACGGAUGACAAGGUGGAUAAGACCCUGGAGCAGCAGGAAAACUUUGAGGAGGUGGCCAGGAGCAAAGACAUAGAGGUUCUGGAGGGCAGGCCCAUCUAUGUGGACUGCUAUGGAAACGUAUCUCCUCUGACUAAAUCUGGUCAGCAGUUAGUUCUCAACUUCUACGCCUUCAAGGAGAACCGUUUGCCCUUCUGUGUCAAGGUGAGAGACCCGAGCCAGGAGCCCUGCGGUCGUCUCACUUUCCUCAAAGAGUGUAAGAACAUAAAAGGCCUUCCGCAAACGGCCGUGUGCAACCUGAACAUCACGCUUCCUGCGGUGAAAAAGGAAAUGGAGUCAGAUGCCGAGGAUGAGACUGAAAAGCCAGAGCGACGUCAUACCUUUGCAUCUCUAGCCUUACGUAAGCGCUACAGCUAUCUGGCCGAGCCUGCACUGAAAACAGCAGUUGAGCGAAGCGCAACCGCAAGAACACUGCCUGCUGGUUACCCUCACAAACCUGUCUUUCCAACCAGACCUUACCCACCAUGGUCGACUGCUCCUAUUACCGUCCCUGGCCAAACAAGGCACAUCGGAAUGGGGGGUUCCCUCACCUCUACCGAUUCACCGGCAGCCUCGCCAGCUGCUUCUCCAUUGAAAUCUACCUGGCCCCUCGCCUCCCCAUCACCUGCAUGCGCUGCAACUAUCAAAGCCACCCUGGGAGCUCCACCACCAGCACCACCUAACCUGUCAUCCCCAGUUAAAUCAUUUAGUGACAUAGUGACCUCAUCCCCCAUCAGGUCCUACAGGACUAUGCCUUCGCCCAUUAAAACCGUUGUCCAGCAGGGUCAAUACCCUGUCCAGGGAUCUGCCAGCCUCGUGUCCUCUGGAAGCCCCCAUAAAUCUGGGACAGAUCCAGCUUCUAUCAAGAACCUUGCUUCUGCAUACACAUCAAGGACUUCCCCACUUCACUCAAUACCCAAUGGUUCUGUGCCAGAGAGGUCAUCAGCUCCUAUUACUGCUCCAGCAUCACCAAAGACACUUUACAACAUGUACAAUGCUAAUCUACCUUUUAAAACUGCCCUUGGCUCAACAGUUGUGACAGAUCCAGGGGCAUCUAACCUUCCUUCUGUCAAAAGCAUCUCUAGCCUGUCUUCUUUGAAAACUUGUGUAGAUUCAACACUUUCAUCCCAGGGAGGGAGAUCAACCGUCUCAUCUCUCUCCUCAACCGGGCAAACAACCAUUGCUUCCUCAGAACUGUAUUCAGAAAUGAUAAAUGGAUCAGUCUCACCUGUUAAAUACCCAUCCUCCUCCUCCACACCAUCCUCCUCUUCUUCACGUCUUCUAUCUGAGAGGAGUUGCAGUCUACAGGAGAGGAUCCAGGCCACCACCCAGGCAGCAACUUCUGGUGUCAGUGCUGCCAUCAAUGAAGCUAUAGACUCAUACUCUGUUUCGGGCUAUGGCACUCUUAAAUCACUGUCCGCCUCACGUAAAUCUGCAACAACAAGCUCUGCUUACGGUUCUAUGAGAUCUGGAGCUACUUCUUCCAACUCGACAGUUUCAUCUAAUACGGUGACUGUACCUGUGUAUUCGUUGCUCAACAUGAUCCCAGAGACCCCUGUCAAAUCAGGGCCAGGAUCUCUCAAAAUGGCACUGCCGGAUUCCCCUCGUGCCUCCUCAUCAUUGUCCUCUUUGUCGACAUGUGUUACCACAUCAAAAAUAAAUUCCCAAUUGAAAUCCCCACCGUUUAUCACACCAUCCAUCAUUCACCCAACAGCAACUUCCAACCAGGAGAUAUUAAAAGAUGUAGCGGACAUGAAAGAGGAUCUGAUCAGAAUGACAGCUAUCCUUCAGACAGACACACAGACAGCCGCCAAAACUGUUCAGACAUCACAUACUGGCACUCCAAAAGAACCCAAGUUAGAGGAUGAAGAGCCAUAUACUUUAGUGGAGAAAGUGAAAGAAGAUUUAGUGAAAGUCAGUGAGCUAUUACAGAAAGAUAUUGUGGGUGGAGGUAAGACCAUUGUCAGUAAAGAGAGAGCCUCAGAGGAUGAAUGGGAGGAAUUUUCCAAAGAUGAGAUUGAGGAGGCACAAAGAAGUGCUAUCACAGACUAUUACCCUCCAUUUGAUGAAAACACACUCCUUCUCAAACAACAAUCCAUGUCAAGCAAAGAGUUAGAGUUGGCUAAAGUAGUAGAUUUUUUAACAAAUGACAUUGGCGCCAGCUCUCUCUCAAAAAUGAACGAAUUAAAAUUUCGGUAUGAGGAGGAGGCAAGAAGGGAAGGCGAAGAGAAACAGAAACGUGUUCUCAAGCCAUCUAUGUCCAUACAAGAGCACAAACUCAAAAUGCCUCCACCAGUCUCAGGCAUGCUAAGGUCUCCCUCAGAGAAGGACCUAAGCAAACUUACAGAGUCAUAUCAAGGUUCGGACACUAUUUUGGAGUCUCCUGAGGAGCUGUCUCAUGAGCAAGAUAAGAGUCCACUGUCAGACAGUGGGUUUGAGACAAGGAGUGAAAAGACACCCUCUGCUCCUCAGAGUGCAGAGAGCACAGGACCAAAGCCUCUGUUCACAGAUUCACCUAUCCCUCCCUGUGUAACUGAGACCAGGACUGAGGUGGUCCACAUUAGGAGCUAUGAGCAGCCUGAUGAUCUUUGUGAGCCUCUACUCAUGGAGGAGGCUGCAUCUGCCCCUCCUUGUAUAGCUCCAGAUGCAGCUUCAACAAGCUGCACCAAAGCCUUACAGAUGAAAAUACCAGAAGAGGACUCCAUGAUGAACAAAAGCAUGUGUCUUAAAGAGGAAACUCAUAUUACUACUACCACUAGAAUGGUCUAUCACAAGCCCCAACUGACUGAUGGUGCAGAGAUGAUAGAGGAAGGUAUGUCGGUCAGAGAUAUCAUGAAAGCUUUCCAGUCAGGGAGGGACCCAUCUAAAGAACUGGCAGGUCUUUUUGAACACAAGGCUAGUCAGGAUUCUGUCAAAGGUGAUGAGUUGACUCCUAGAUUUCUAGACAGAGACAUUAAAUCCAAACCAAAAGUCGAAAGAAUAAUUGAGGUCCAUAUCGAAAAGGGCCACAGCACAGCAGAGCCAACUGAGGUCAUUAUCAGGGAAACUAAAAAACACCCUGAGCUUUAUGUCUACAAAGGGGAUCGUGGAAUUAGAGAACUUGGUGAUUACGAUGAGGUCCAACAGGAAGAAGAGGAGCUUACUGCCGAAGAAUCCCUGCCCUCUUUCCUGGAAACAUCCCGAGUUAACACCCCAGUGUCACAUGAAGAAGACAGUCGUCCGAGCUCUGCUCAGCUAAUAGCAGAUGAUUCUUAUAAAGCCCUCAAACUAUUGAGCCAGCAAUCCAUAGAAUACUGUGAUGAUGAGCUGUCAGAGAUCAGAGGAGAGUCAUAUAAGUUUGCGGAGAAAAUGCUUCUGUCAGAAAAACUUGACGUGUCUUCACUGUCUCACUCUGACACAGAGGAUUCAACUGUGAUGACUGACAGAAACCAACACUUUAUUUCCGAAGAGAUCGGUAGUCAUAGUUCUAAUAGCAUGAGUCAGCAGCGUGGAAGCCCCAAAAGAGAGUUUGUCUCUAAGUCAUCAAAAGAUGGGUCCGCUAAAUCUGGAAAAUUCUUGCACAGGGAUGACCCAUCUCAGUUUGACAAAGUGACAGUGCUUCAUUACUCCACAGAACAGGGCAGCCCCAAGCAUGCAGUUUGGAUGCGAUUUACAGAGGAUAAACAUGACAGGAGCAGGGAUAAGCUCCUUUAUGAGGAUAGGGUGGACCAAACUGUUAAAGAAGCUGAAGAAAAACUCAGUGAGGUAUCACAGUUCUUCCGUGACAAAACUGAGAAGCUUAAUGAUGAGUUGCAGUCCCCUGAGAAAAAGCCUGUGAGACGGGAUUCAAAGGAGCCCAGAUCUUGGCCUAGUUCAGCCUGCAGUAGCCCUGAAAAAAUACAGCAGAAACCUAAGGCAGGAGAAGAAGGUAAAAGCAAACUCAGAGAGCCCUCAGUUGUUAAAAUGCUUGACAGCCCCACAAUAGCUGAAAAGAAAAGUUCUAGCUUACCAAGCAGCCCUCAGAAAACCGUGCUCUCUUGUAUGAGUGACAAUAAAAUGAAACAACAAACUAAGACCAGUGAGUCGGAACCCUCUUCUCCCUCUCACGUAAAAUCAACAUCUAAAGUCAGUUCUGUGAGGAUGAAGUUUGAAUCUGAGGCUCAGAAACAAAGUCAGUCUAGUCCGAUCAAAAUUCCUCCUCCAGUACAGCCGAAACCUUCAGUUAAAAAAUUACAGGACAGCAAACUUCCAGUGUUACAGUUUUUUGCAGGAGGAAAAGCGUCAAAUGUGUCAUCAGAAGACGAUAGCAUGAAAAAUGAUGUUGAAAAGGACAAAUCUGCUACAUUAGAUAGUAGUAAACCUUCUCUAACACCCACACCUAAACCCCCAAAACAUACAGGAGACAAACUAUCAAAUAACAACAUCCCAGAGGCUUCCUUCCAGAGACAAAUUAGUGAAGUUGAGAUUGACAAAGCAACUACAAAAGGGAGAGAUAUUCAUUCUAGUGUUACUCAGGAAAUUAAAGAAAGCAAUAAAGGUCAGAAAUUUCCGACACCUGUUGUUCAUGCUGACAAACUAAUAGAUAGUAAUACCAUAAAAUAUCAACAAAUCACAAAAAGUGAGUCUGCAUCCAAAAAAUUAAUAGCCGAGCUGCCCAAAGAAGAUGACGAGGAACCAUUAAACAAAAAUCUCAGAAGAAAGACAGAAUCUCAAAUUCCUAUAAGAAAAGCAGUCUCUACAGUAGACAAUGACCUCACAAAGAAACAGACAAUAACUAGACCCUCACAGAUACCAACAUUAUCGAAAAGCAAAAUGCAGAUGAGUCUUGAGACAACCCCAGCGAAAAAAACCAAUGAAAAUCUAUCCAUUGAAAUUCUAGAUAACGCACUCAAAGAUUCCAACUCCAAUAAUCUCACUAGCCCUAGAGAAAUGCUGGGGAAUGUCAUAACUCCUCCAGCUGCUAUAACAACCAAAGAGAACUUCAAGGGCAUCAAAACAUUACCUGUUUAUGUCAGUGUCCAGGUGGGCAGGCAAGCAGAGAGGGAGGCGAAAGGAGCACUGUACACUGUCAAACAAAAUUCAAACUCAGCACUCAGCCCCAUAAGCCCAGAUGAUGACACACUUGAACAGGUGUCGUUCAUAGACAGCUCAGGGAAAAGCCCCCUUACACCGGAGACCCCAAGCUCUGAGGAGGUCAGCUAUGACCUCAUGACCAGGACCCCUGAUGGCUUUAUGGGAUUCAUGCCAGGGAAACCCAGCCCUAUCAUGGAGUUGUCUGAGGAAUCGGAGGGGGAUGACCAAGGCAAUACUGUUUUCUCUUUUAAAGAGGCCCUGCCAGAAAGGAAAACUAGCACCCAAGCAGACCUUACCAAUGCGAAUCAAGAAAUGGAAAUUAAUGAUAACAAUCAGGAAUUAGCAAUACUGUUUAACCGGCAAGAAACAAGCAAUGGUAGGCAAGACGAAAUAACUGGGCAGGAGCAUCAAGAAGUCUCAAAGGACAAAGGUAUUGCAUAUAUCGAGUUCCCUCCUCCUCCGCCUUUAGACUCAGUUUCAGAAAUUUCAGACCCAGAGAGGAAAGGUUCAUGUGCCUCUUCAGAGACUGAGACAGAAAUGAUGGAGGUAAACUUACAAGAGGAACAUGACAAGCAUCUGCAUCUGACCGAACCAAUUAUACGAAUCCAACCCCCCUCCCCAGUUCCUCCUGGGACAGAUGACAGUCAGUCAAAUGAUGAAGAGUUAGAAGAGGAGGAUGAGUCAAUCUUCCAGCCAAUUCCCUGUAGGAAAUUAGGUUUCAAGGCUCCCGAGGAGGAUGAGGAGGACAAAAAGAAGGAGAAGGGAUCUAAAUCUAAAAAACAUGACAAAAAUGGAAAUAACAAAGAACUGAAUGGUGGGACCAAUGGCUCCAGUGGUUCCAAUGGUUCUAAAGGUUCCAAUGACAAAGCAGAGGACGAUGAAUAUGAACAAAAUGGAAAUGACCAAUCAAUAACAGACUGUUCAAUAGCCACGACAGCUGAAUUUUCUCAUGACACAGAUGCAACAGAGAUAGACUCCUUAGAUGGAUAUGAACUUCAGGAUGAGGAUGAUGGCCUGUGCGAGCAGGCGGAUUUACGGCUCUUUGGUCUUCCAGACAGCCGGAGAGAUGUUUGGGCAACAGACACAUUUAGGUCCUCAGACCGGUGUUUUCCCCAGUCCAAACUGGAAGUUAUUGAAGAGGAGAAAACCCCAGAAGAAUGUCCAAAGGAUGCUAGCCCAAAAGAUACCCACUUAAAUGGUGGAAAUCCUGAUGAGUUUAAUAACGGUGGGGUUAAAGGUCAGGAACAAAAACCCUCAGAUAAAGAGGGAUUUUCAGACACUUACUUUAGUUAUAAGUUAGAGGAGGAAUUUAACUCUCCUUUUAAGACUGUUGCCACCAAAGGGCUGGACUUUGACCCCUGGCCCAGUAAAGGUGGAGCGGAGGAAGUCGUUGACAUGGGAGGGACACGGGAUAGCAAUGGUGAGCCUAAGCCUUUUGGACUAGCAGUGGAUGAACAGUCUCAGGCCACAACACCAGACACUACCCCAGCCCGAACGCCAACGGACGAUAGCACACCGACGAGCGAGCCAAAUCCAUUCCCCUUCCAUGAAGGGAAGAUGUUUGAGAUGACACGAAGUGGUGCAAUUGACAUGAGCAAGAGGGACAUGGUGGAAGAGAGGCUGCAGUUUUUUCAGAUUGGCCCUCAGAGUCCCUGUGAGAGAACAGACCUCCGCAUGGCAAUAGUAGCCGACCACCUCGGACUCAGCUGGACCGAGCUGGCCAGGGAGCUGGAUUUCUCUGUGGAAGAAAUCAACUUCAUCCGAGUGGAGAACCCCAAUUCCCUGACAGCGCAGAGUUUCAUGCUCCUAAAGAAAUGGGUGCACAGGGAUGGUAAAAAUGCCACAACGGACGCUUUAACUGCGGUGCUGACUAAGAUCAAUCGGUUGGAUAUUGUGACUUUGCUGGAAGGGCCCAUAUUUGACUACGGUAACAUUUCAGGCACACGCUGCUUUGCCGAUGAUAACGCAGUAUUCCCGGAUCAGUCCGAUGGUAAAGUGUAG